GCCUAGAAUUCCGCGCAAAAACCAAAAUCUCAGUAAUUCAAAGAAAGAAACCUUAUUUAUCUCUCUAACCUUGCUGCUUCAUGAAGUUCGAGCAGGAAAAUGGAUGGAUCGGAUCUUUAUUUGACUUCCAAGAGCCCUCGAACACUGUUCCCAUGGACGGUUCCUUACCUCUCUCCCGAAUUCUCGUUCUCACAAUUGCUUUGAUUUUUCAAUUAUUUAAGAUUCUUAGUUCUGCGAGAAUUCCUCCAGAUCUACUCCUUUACGUGCCCUCUAAGAAGAAGAGUGCGUUCAAUUGUUUUUUUUAUGUGAUCGAUUGAUUGUGUUUUCUUCUAGGACGUGUGUGGCUAUCUACGAAUUCGUGUUUACCGAGGCGUCGUGAUUUAAUUUUAAUUGAUCGUAUGGCAACAUGGCCUAUUCGUGCAGUUUUGUUUGGAGUAUUUUUUGUAGAUUGCUCUCCUGUUCGUUCGAAGUUGUGGCGAGCUGCAAAUUAAUUUCAAUCGGUCUGUUACAUGUCCGAAUUCAAGUUAGAUGGGGAUGCUUACCUUGAUUCUGAGGAACCAGAAUCAAGCUCCAUCAAUGGAGAUGUCAAAUCUCAUGAUAGGGUGAACAUUAUAGACAGGAUUCUCAGUGGUAUUCAUAGGCAAGGAAAUGCUGUGCCUGCCACAAACACAAAACUUAGAGCUAUCUGGGAUAGGUUCUUUAGAGGAAAUCAAGCAGCUCUUGCUGACAGUGUCAGUUUUCUAGUUGGUGGAGAAGCAAAACGGGAACAUGGCUUAGGGAAAAAGUCUGGACCUCUUUUGUCUGGGACAGCUUACUGUAUUUCAUCUUGCAGCAUGAUAUUGUUAAACAAAGUUGUUUUGUCAAGCUAUAAUUUCAAUGCUGGGAUAUCGCUCAUGUUUUAUCAAAAUUUGAUAAGUUCACUAGUUGUCCUUGUAUUGGGUUUCUGCGGAGCAGUUAGAUUGGAAAAACUCAGCUGGAAGCUAAUGCGGACCUGGCUCCCUGUCAAUGUUAUCUUUGUUGGCAUGCUUAUAUCAGGAAUGUACAGUUUGAAAUACAUAAAUAUUGCAAUGGUGACAAUUCUGAAGAAUGUGACAAAUAUUUUAACAGCAAUUGGAGAACUAUAUAUUUUCCGUAAACGCCAGAAUCGGAACGUGUGGACUGCCAUGUUUCUUAUGAUAAUCUCUGCUUUCACUGGAGGUUUUACAGACCUAUCGUUUGAUGCGGUGGGCUAUUUGUGGCAGAUUAUGAAUUGUGUUCUAACAGCCAGCUACUCGCUUACGCUCAGGUUGGUGAUGGAUAAGGCAAAACAAUUCACAAGAUCUGGAUCUCUCAAUGAAGUUUCAAUGGUGUUACUGAAUAAUCUAUUAUCUCUACCUUUUGCUAUCUUCUUGAUUAUCCUGUUUGAUGAAUGGGACUAUGUGAUGAAUGUGGAUGUGGUUAAAUUGCCAAUGUUCUGGAUUGUCGUGACAACUAGUGGACUGCUUGGACUUGCCAUCAGCUUCACCUCUAUGUGGUUUUUACGUCAAACUUGCCCGACUACUUACAGUCUGGUGGGCUCUCUUAACAAGAUUCCAAUCUCUAUUGCUGGUCUAGUGUUGUUCAAGGUUCCGCUCAAUGUGCCCAGUUUGUUCAGUAUACUUUUUGGUUUAUUUGCUGGAAUAGUCUUUGCCAGAGCCAAAAUGUCGUAACAAAAAUUUAAAAUUUUGAUGGAUGAGCUGUUGAUUUGGAAGAUCAGAGAGUAUGAAAGGGUAUUCAGCUUCAAAAGCCCAGCAGCAGGGUUGCUGUGAUCGUGGUGCAGGAGACCAUGCUUACUGGUUUCUUUGUGAUUCUGUAUAUCCUUUUUAGAGGCAUGAUAAUCAAUAUGUUUUUCAUAAUGUUUCAUGGAACGUAAUCUUUUGGGGAAAAUUACAGUCUGGAUCUGUAAGAACAAAAGAAAAUUGUGAAAAAAAGUGGAGGUAAUAUAUUAAUUCCAUAUUUGUUUUGU